AUCUAGUUGAUUAACCGGACCAACCAUAACCGGUUAACAAAAAUCGGAUUUUGCAAAUAGAUGUUGUUUUUUUUUCUCUCUUUGGCUCUAAACCCUAAAAAAACUUCAACGCCGUUCGUGUAUUGUUCUUCCUCCUCCUCUGCUACAGUUUUGGAUUUUUAGCUCGAGAAGCUAAUAAUGUCAAAUCGACCUGAGUUACUCGCUCCGCCGGAGAUAUUUUAUGACGAAACCGAAGCUCGGAAGUAUACUUCUUCCUCUCGUAUCGUCGAAAUUCAGGCGAAGCUAUCAGAGAGAGCUUUGGAGCUUCUUGCUUUGCCCGAGGAUGGUGUUCCUAGAUUCUUACUCGACAUUGGUUGUGGAUCUGGCCUGAGUGGGGAAACACUUUCUGAAAACGGUCAUCAUUGGAUUGGUUUAGACAUUUCUGCCUCAAUGCUAAACGUUGCUGUGGAACGAGAAGUUGAGGGUGAUCUUUUACUUGGUGACAUGGGGCAGGGAUUAGGUCUUCGUUCUGGAGUUAUUGAUGGAGCCAUCAGUAUUUCAGCUGUUCAGUGGUUAUGCAAUGCGGAUAAGUCAUCCCAUGAACCUCGUUUAAGGCUAAAGGCUUUCUUUGGGUCACUAUACCGCUGCUUGUCAAGAGGAGCAAGGGCAGUUUUUCAAGUGUACCCUGAGAAUAUUGCUCAGCGUGAAUUGAUUCUUCGCCAGGCCUUACAAGCUGGAUUUGGAGGUGGACUUGUUGUUGACUAUCCACACAGUACUAAGAAAAGAAAAGAGUUCUUGGUCCUCACAUGUGGUCCUGUUCAGACCAGCAUUCAAACCGGUAAGAAUGAGUAUGAUGAGAGUUGCUCAGAAGAUGACAAUAGUGAAGAUGAAGAGAAUGGAGAGGUGGGUAUAUCAGAUAGGAAUAGGCCAAGGAAAAAGCGGAGAACGAACAAGCAAGGGAAAGGAAGAGAAUGGGUUCUGAAGAAGAAAGAGCAAAGUAGAAGAAAAGGAAACAAUGUUCCUGCUGACUCCAAGUACACCGCUAGAAAACGCAAGUCGCGUUUCUAGUUUUGUUAAUGAGACGUAAACGCUAGUUUAGAGCGUUUUAAAAGUUUUGACAUUAUAAAGAAAAUUGUGAUACUGUUUUUAAUAUUUAAAUGUGUACUCAACUUUUUUGUUUCUAUACUCGAGUGGAGCUUGUAAUUUGCGUUUGCCUUGUUCUUUUUUCCCAACUUUUAAUAU